AUAGAAUUGUCAGAAUUGUCUAUAUACAAUGAACAAUCUAGAUAUUUUGUACAAGUUCCUUAGAAAUUCAAUAAAUUUUUUCAUUUUCCUUUUUCCCUGUAUAUUUCUCUAUUUGUUCCUUGAGCUCUCAAUGUCGGAUUGAGCUUCCAUGCUUUAUUUUAACAAUGAACAAGUAAAACCUAUUUUUAGAGUUGCCCAUUUUCUUAAACCAACAAUACCCUUUACCAAAAAACUCCUCUUUUGUCCGUUCAAGAUCCAAAGUUACUUGUUGUUCUUCACCAAAGGUUCUAUUUAGAGGUGGUUCUACAUACAUACAAGAUGGUUUAAAUGGGUGAAUGAGUUAAAACCUUUACACCAAGAGAUAUGGAAAAAAGCUAGUCUUUGAAUCCUUUAUAGCUUCAACAUUUAAGAUUUAUAAGCACAAUGAUUUGAUUAUUAUGCUAGCAGAGCAAUGGUGUAUAGAGACUAAUACAUUCAUCUUGCCAUAGGGAUAAGGAACUAUUUCUUUUGAGGAUAUGGUAGUUUUCGUUGUUUUUUUGUUUUAGGACACUCUGUGUUGGAACCUGGCAAAACUAAAGAUUCUGUUGAAAUUGAAAAAGGGUUUGUGAGUCUUAUCAUAUUAUCAUAAAAGGGAAGGUGAAUGAUUAUCAUCAUGCCUGGAUGGAGUAUCUUGAUGGCAGAGUUGACCAUUUGGAGCAUGUUGCAUUUUUGGCCCUUUGGUUGUCUAGGAAGAAGCUCAUGAAGAAAAAAAUUAUUGUGCCUAGUAGCACCCAAAGCCAAUCUUCUUCAGUUUCGAAUGAUGGAACUGCCAGAGAAAGGGAGACUCGGGUGAAAUCAAAACUACUAAGCAAAAUACUUGAGGCUUCAAAUGGAAAGUCAGGUAAAGAUGGAAAUGAGCCAUAUAUAGUUAAGGAAAUGGUGCCACUAGAGAGCAAGGAUAACAAUAACAAAGGUGGUUACAAGCUCAACUUACUUGAUAGUGCCGAACUUGCAAGUGGAGGACCAAAUGUAGGCAGGAAAGGUGGUAAUAAUGAAGAACUUUUAAGUAUUGGUCUUGCUAAAACUUUGCAAAUGAGCAAAGCUUGAGAGGAUGAACUGAAGGUAACACAGCAAAGUAUACCAACAUAACUAAAGAAAAUAUGCAGACGGUGAACAUUAAAAACCAUGAAAAACAGGAGUAGAAGAUUUGAAAUGAUCGAUAUUCUAAAACUUGGGAUGAGGACUAGAAACCUUGAAAACAUCAGUGUUGGAAAGGUUGCAAGAUUCAGGACAAGGUGUAAACAAAAUAUAGUUAAACUACAGUGCAAAUGCUUCUCUUAUUAAGUCUUUGUUUUGUCCAUGAAGUAAAUAUUCUUCUUUAUUGCCUAGUUACUCAGAGAUACUCAGACAGUGCUUACUAGAUCAUUCAUCUAUAUAGGUCCCCUUGUAACUAUUUCAACUUUAGUGAAAUUUUUCACUUGAAUUA